AUGUCAUUCAAGGCACUCUUGAACGCUAUACUGGGACUGCUCACUUUUCUUAUCACGAGAAUAUGGGUGAGACGCAAAAUACCUCUAGGACCACUGCCCCCAGGCCCACAGCCUAAGCCAAUCGUGGGUAACAUUGCCGACCUGCCGCCUCCAGGUGUGCAAGAUUGGAUGCAUUGGCUAAAGCAUAAAGACCUAUAUGGGCCCAUCAGCUCCGUUACGGUGAUGGGACAGACGCUCGUAAUCCUUAAUGAUACACGGACAGCGUCAGAGCUAUUACGCAAACGCGCCUCGCUGUACUCGUCACGACCGCAUAUGGUUUUCGCAUCUGAAAUGGUGGGUUGGGGCAUGCGUUAUCUAUGCAACCAUACACCCAACGAGAUGGUCGUUUCACGGUAUACUCGGCUGCAGGAGGUGGAAACCGAUCGCUUUUUGUGGCGUGUUUUGAAAGACCAAGAAAAGCUCACGCAGCACAUCCAGACUGAGGCCGGAGCGGUUAUUCUCAGGAUAGCCUAUGGUUAUAGGGUUGAGCCGCACAACCAAGAUCUACUGGUGAACCUUGCCAAUGAGGCCCUUGAGCAAUUCUCAAUUGCUUCAACACCAGGUACUUGGCUUGUAGAUUUGAUACCGGCAUUGAAAUAUGUCCCUGCCUGGUUUCCGGGCGCUGGUUUCAAGCGAACCGCGCAGGAAUGGAGGAAGAACCUUGAGGAUGUUGCGAAAAAGCCUUACGCACUUGUUCAGCAGCGGACAGAAGAUGGGAAGUACGAGCCAUCAUUCCUCUCCGAUAUAUUUAGGUUAAAUGGGAUUCCAUCUUCUGGAUCAGAGGAGGAGCUGGUUGCCAGGUGGACAGCAGCAUCGCUUUAUGGCGCUGGCGCCGACACUACCGUGUCUUCAGUUGGAACGUUUUUCCUCGCUAUGGCAUUGAACCCGCAUGUGCAGCAUAAUGCACAGGAUGAAAUUGACCGGGUGAUCGGGCCUGGGCGACUUCCCACGAUAGCAGCUCGUGAUCGCAUGCCUUAUGUUAAUGCAGUGGUAAAGGAGGUCUUCCGUUGGCACCCUGCACUGCCGAUGGGGAUCCCACAUAUGUCGACGGCCGACGACAUGUACGAUGGAUAUUAUAUUCCUAAAGGUUCUAUACUUAUGCCGAAUAUUUGGGGCAUGAUGCAUGACCCCGCGCUGUAUCACGAUCCGAUGGCCUUCAAGCCAGACCGUUUUUUGGAGAUCGAUGGCCGAGACCCAGAAAUAGACCCGCACACCUUCGUGUUCGGCUUUGGGCGUCGCAUCUGCCCUGGCCGGAUUCUGGCAGACAACACAGUGUGGCUCAGUGUUGCAAAGUCCCUGUCGGUGUUCAAAAUUAGCAAACCCAUGGAAGACGGUACUGAGGUGGAUGUAAAACCAGAAUUCCAGCCUGGGGUUAUCAGCCAUCCGGUGCCAUUCAAGCUACAGGUCACGCCCCGGAGUGCUGCGCAUGAAAAGCUGAUACUAUUGGUGGAGCAGGAACAUCCUUGGGAGCAGGGCGACGGGUCCGAGUUGCAAAAUAUCCGAUGUUAA